CUUUGUUACUGCUUGGGAACUGGGCUGGAGCUUUAGUGCAACUCCAGCAAGCACAAAGAUUGGUAAAAUUAAAUCAAAUUUAUGCCAGAAGUUGUAACUAGGGUUGAAGGAAAGGUAGAGGAAUGAAACAGCCAAGAGAAGUGUUGGGAUUAGGGCAGAAGGCAUCAAGGAAGACCCUUGUUUCCAGGAGGAAGGCAGGUACUUGGACCAUCUGUAACAUUGGGAGAGUUUAAGCUCACAAAUGAUCCUGGGUAAUACAGAGAGGACUCUUUCUGAUCUCUAGGGCUGGCAGGUGCUAACCUGGUGAGUUGCAGUUAAAUUCCAUUUUGUAAAGCAAUUUGGUUUGAUUGAUUUGUAUGUUUUAUAGCUUUACUCAGUCAAUAUUUGCACAAAAUUGAUGUAACAUUUUGCUUAGAUACUUCCUCUGAGGGUAAUUUAUUGUUAGGGGACUGUACUGGUGACUCUAGCAGGAUUUCAUCUGACUAGGAAUUUACUUCCAAGAGAUUUAGUACUAAAAAUAGAGUGUUCUACCCAUAAAGUAUGCCUCAGGGAACCUUUUCCACAAGUCACAGACUAAUUCAUGGCCCUGCAAGUGUUAAUUUGGUUGGUUGGCUGGGAAGAACACUGUGAUGGCAACAUGGUGGGUUUAAGUUGAACCUGAUAAACUAUGAAGUGUUUAUUCUGUGGUUUGAGUGAAAUCUGUCUUGAGGUUUUUUUUUGCUUCCAGAAAAGGAAUUCUGCUCCUGUUCUUCUGCUCCCCAGCCACGACUGUAGGCACAGCUCGGGGAUGGAGAAAUAAGACCUGUUCACAUGAGCUGUGCUUCUUACCCUCAGUGUAAAUACCCCUCUGCUAUUUUUACAGAGCUCUGGCCCAGGGAAAGAAUGUGGUAACAUCUGUGGGCUCUCCAGACAGGAAUAAACAUGUCAGCUCUGGAGCCAGGGAGGCAGCGGGAUCGUGCUGCUGUUUUUGGGUCACUCCUCGCUGCUGCUCUCAUUGUGACUGUCCACAGUGCCUGCGAUGCUCCGCCGCGUUUCCAAUCUGCAGAGCUCAAGGAGCAGUAUCGGGGCAUUUCCUCGUUUCCCCACAAAUCCAAGGUGGAAUAUGUCUGUCGUCCAGGCUAUCUGAGAAACAAUUAUGUCAGUAAUGCCCUUGUUUGUGGAUGGAACGGGAGGUGGUCCAAGCCGGGGGAAAUGUGUACACCCAAGUCUUGCACCUACCCUGAGGAGCCACUCAAUGGCAGACUCGUCGUAGGAGAAGGGCUCAGUUUUGGUUCUUCAGUGAACUUCACCUGCAACACUGGGUACAGACUGAUUGGAGAUUCUCAGAUUAAUUGUGUGAUUAAAAAUGAGCAUGUUACGUGGGACAGAGAUAUUCCCAUCUGUGAGGCGAUACCAUGUGAACCCCCUCCAGAAAUAGCUGAUGGGGAGCACACUGGGGUUGACAAGGAGCUCUUUGUGUUCGGAGAUUCCGUCACGUACCGGUGCCGCAGCAUCUGGAGGGCAGAGAGACCUCUAUCCCUGGUGGGAGAAGCCUCUAUUCAGUGCACAACCACGGACAAUGUCAAUGGUGUGUGGAGCAGUCCAGCCCCAGAAUGCAAAGUGGUGACCUGUGAGCCCCCAAGGGUGGCGAAUGGGAAGCUGGUGAGCCUGUACAGGUCUGAGUACACCUACGGAGACACCGUCCUGUUCGACUGUAACUUUCGCUACACCCUGAACGGCAGCUACACCUCCACGUGCAAGGACAACAACCUGUGGGACCCCCCACUGCCCCUCUGCCAGCUCACUAGCUGUGAUUACCCUCCUGAUGUGUAUAACGCUGAUAAAACCAAACCUGCUGGCGAUCUGUUCCCCGUGGACACCGUGGUCACCUACGAGUGCUGGCAGGGCCACAGGUUCAGCACGGGAGAAACCACGUGGAACAUCCAGUGCCGGCCGAACUUCGUGUGGAGUGAAAUUCCUCCACCGUGUGAAAGAGUUCGUUGCCCAGAUCCAUACCUCCUGAACAGACAGCUCACAGGGGACAGGAGAGACGAUUACCUGUACGGACACACAGUGGAAGUUGCGUGCAGAGAGGGGUUUACCUUGAAAGGUCAUGGCAGCAGAAUCACACUUUGGUGUACGAGUGAUGGCAGAUGGGAUCCAGAGCCACCAGAGUGCGUUCCAGAUCCUCGUUGCCCAAAGCCAGACAUUCUUCACGGAGUAGAGGUUCAUAAAAGCAAAAGUGACUACACAGUGGGGACCCAAGUGAAGCUGGCUUGUGAGGAGGGCUUUUUCCUCCGGGGCCGGGACUUCAUCGAGUGUCAGGCCAAUGCAACCUGGGCUCCUACCUUGCCCUUUUGUGACAAAGUCUGUACCCCGCCUCCAGAGAUCUCCAAUGGGCAGCACACUGGCCUGGGUGGUAAGGGGUUCUUCUAUGGCACCAAUGUGACCUACACCUGUGAAAGGGGUCUGUCCCUCAUCGGGGACAAAUCCCUCCACUGCACCUCCGACGAUGGGGAGAACCUGACGUGGAGUGGACCUGCCCCGGAGUGCAGGGUGGUUCGCUGCCCCAAGCCCGUGGUGGAGAGGGGAAGGAUGUUUCCCCAGAGGUUCACCUUUCCCUACGGGGUGGCCCUGCAGUUCUCCUGCGAUGAAGGCUUUGAACUGAGGGGUGCCACAGAGAGUCAGUGCCAGGCUGAUGGCAGCUGGGACCCUCCUGUGCCCACCUGCCAGCCAGUUCUGUGUCCCCAACCACAAGUGGCCUAUGGAAGGCUGAAGAGCCCUUUGGAGGAUAAAACGUGGUACCAGAUCAAUGAGACUGUUACUUUGGGAUGUGCCCCUGGAUACCAGUUGUCAGACAAUGGGAACACGCCUUUAGAAGGCUCCUGGACAGCCACGUGCUUGCCUGAUGGCAACUGGACACCAUUGCCCAAGUGUAAGAAAGAAGGUGAUGCUGAUGUAUGUGAAGAGGUUCACUAUAUUAAAUCGCUCUAUGAAUGCGAGGUGCCUGUAGCAGAAGUGAAAGCUCUGCUGGAAAUACAAAAACUGUUUCUGGAGAUUAAAAAACUGGAGGUGGAACUAGAAAAGUAGAACAAGACUGGAGUCCUGUAAGGCACUUGUAACCAUCACGUUUCCUUCAGUGAACACAGAGUUUGUGCAGUCACAGUAUCAACAAAAAGGCUCUGGAUGGUUUUAUGGUUUGUUUGCGUACCUAGAGCCAGGAAAAUUAUCACCAGUAAAAAAAAAAGCGGUUGCUUUUAUCGUGCUGGAUGCCAGAGCAGGGAGUGGUUUUCACUCUUUACUUCAAAUCUGACAAGCUUGAUUUGCUCUUUAAUUAAUAUGCCGUUUAGCAUUUUAUAUUAGGAAGCAUAGCAAGAAAUUAAAUUGAGCUUUUUAAAAUCACUGUGUUAACUCUGAUAAGGUGAGAUAAGGGGGAGUGAGGUCCACAGAAGCUGAGAUGAGUGUCUAGAGGUUGUCCCUGAAGGUGGUUCUGCUGGAAUCUUCUGGCUGUGGUUUGUGCACACACACUGCACCCUCUGCAUUAGCUCACUGCUAGAAAUAGUGGUGUUCAACUACCUAAUCCACCUGAUUUCUAUUCAUCUAAUUAAUAAGGCAGUUUAUAAGCAGGGCAUUUGUAAGCACUUCUGUUAUCUUAUCCCUGGACUUAAAACAGGUUUCUUGCCUUGUGUUGGUGUCAUUUUCCACAUCCCUAUUUCCUGCACGUGAAUGCUAAGAAUAGAUGUGAUAAGUUCAAGUGCAGAGAAUCAGGCACCAAAGGUUGUUCCUGUUCCUCAAUAAACGCUGAUCACAUCG